AACAUAAGUCACAAAAACACAUACAAAAAAUACAUAAAAUUCAUUUAAAGUUAAUUUUAAAAUUAUGUGUGAGCCAAACUUAUCAGAUCCGUCGACAUUCCUGUACUUGGAUAUGCUGGCGGAUAUUUUAAUGCAGGACAGCCUUGAAAUGGAAUCAGAUUUCAAUACCAAGUUAAAAUUUCUUAAGGAACAGGAACAAAUUUGCCUAGACAAUGCCAAAAAUGCACUUCCCAUCGAUGAUACCCUGAGAUCAGUAAAGUGCACCAUGCUUAGGGUAGAAAUGGAGCUGCAUGAAAACGAGAUUAACCUUAUACAGGCGGAGAAAGCAGUUACGAAAUUGGAGCAGAGCUAUCCGAGUCCUGAGAGUCUGGCAGGCCAAGUGUUUCCUUUGGCAAGUACCACAUAUCAGGAUUUGCUGAGUAUGCUGAUGUCUUCGAAAAAAACAGUCGAUCAUUGCAAUCAGAUCAAAGAGGAGGUCGCGACGUAUAAUGAGCAGAUAUCCGCAAAAGUACCUUCCGUAAAUUUGGUAACCAAGCUUAUCGAUUACCACAAUAAUACACUGGAGUCUAUGGAAAAAAAUAUCGAAAAAUUGAAGAGCCAGGUCACACAAGUUCAAAAGGAGUUCGAGCAGCUUUAUAACGAACAUGCACGCCAAUUCAACGCACCGUUCCCAUGCAAAAAGGUCAAGGAGUUAAAACCAAAAGACACAUGUGGAGUACGACUACGCAUGUAAUCUGAUAACACAAUAUAUCCAACGAAUAUUAUAAAUGCUUACAAUGCUGCAAGUUCAACUUUUCGCUUAAGAUUAGGUUUGGUGAUCUGGGCUUAAAUUUUAGUUGUUGGCAUCACGGAAAAACAACACAUCGUCGGCUAUGAUACUGGUGCUAGUCUUCUGGUUGCCCUGCUGGUCGGUGAUCUCUCCAUAGGUGAUCUUUCCCUGCACCAUGGUUCGCUGUCCCUUCUUCAAGUAUUCCAGCACGGUGUCACGCAGAUUGGGCUUGAACACCACUACACGAUGCCAGUCGGUGCGUUGGGCCCAGUCGCCGUUCUCAUAUCUGUGGGGAAAUAUUUAAGACUUCAUGAAUGCUUUUUAAAUGAAAUGGUAGCUAUUUUCUUUAUGAAAUCCGGCAUUUCAUGGAUCCUAAGAAGAAAUUGAUCACUGAAGUUAAUUGAACAAGGAAAUGUACACUAUUGCCGUUAUCAUUAGCUCAACGUGAUAUUUUCUUGGAGGUUAAGGCUAAGAACUAACUUAAUUGUCAACAUUUAUGUAGCUUUUUUAUUUCCCUCCUCUGAGAUGUGAUUUCAAGUUCAGUUGCAGACGCAUGCUGGGCGGCAAAACGCACACAAAUGCACUUACUUGUAGUUGGUGUGUGUAGCAACCGAAAAGGUGACCACCGGAUGCUCCUGGGAUCCACGCAGCUGCGG